AUGAAGUCGUUCGUCGCUUUCUGCCUGAUUGUCGAAGUCGCCUACGCUUGCAUCGCCAUCCCGCCGCUUCCGGGCGCGGCUCCUCCACCACCACCGCCUCCACCGCCGGCUCCUUGCUGCUGCUGCGGCUGCGGCGGGCGCAAGAAGAGGUCGAUUCUGGCGAGCGAGCAGCCGACGACGCUCAGCCUUGACGAGGUGGCCCUGGUCGCGUCAACGGAGGACCAGCUGUGCAACUCGCUGACGUUGAAAAAGAUCUUGAAGGAGAACAUGACCAACUCGCCGAACUUCUCGAAGGUGGCCAUCUCGAACAUCCUCGCCGAUCGGAACACGACUUUCUCGGUGAUCUGCGGAGCCGGCGAGCUGGAAUUCGCAAUGAGCCAUGCCGUCGACCACUGCUCGCUGUCGCAGGAUGGCGUCGCCUGCCAGAUCUUCACCGAA